AUGGCCAGCCCAGCCGUCUUGACCCCGGCCAAGAACCGCUCAUCAGUCUUCUCCACCCGCGCCGCCGGCGGCCGGAUGCCAUUGACGCCCUCUCCACGCACACCCCGCAACCAGGCUCCAGAUGCGCUGGCGCAAGAGUCUAUCCAUGGUGGUAACUUCAUGGCCCGCCUCCAACGCUCCGUCUCCAAGACCACCCGUGACUCACCAAAGUCAAACAUCGCCCGCAGCUCGCCGCGCCGGUUAGAGCUUGGUGUCUCGGAGUGGGCGUUGACGGGUACGGGCACCACAACAUCGACCAAGACCCCCAGGGCAAAGAAGGAUGUUACCGUCCGAUCACGACCCACCAAAACCAGGAUAGCAUACAACUCCGCUGACCGUUUUAUCCCCAACCGGACAGCAAGCGAGGCUACCUGCAACGUUGGCACAGGCAAGAUCGAUCUUGAGCAGCGCCCAAAGUCAAGCUCAACUGGUGAGGGGUCGUCAGUGUUGGCCAAUGCCGCAAGCACGUUCGACCUGAACGGACGUACAUCAGAUGAGGAGCCUACCCUUUCCUUGGAAGGUCUCAGCCUGGAGGACGAUGAUGAGGAGCGCUCGCAAUCGAAGAAGCCUGCCCCGGACGCAGUAGCAUACCAAUCUUCACUCGCCUCAGCAUGCGGUGUCAACCUCAACACUCGCAUCCUCGCCUUCAAGCCUGCGCCCCCAGAGUCGUCGAAACCCAUCGACCUCCGCUCGCAGUAUAACCGUCCUCUCAAGCCCGCUAGCAGCGUCAACGCCCAGAGCCGCCGCCGCAUUCCCUCAGCACCCGAGCGGGUGCUCGAUGCCCCCGGCCUCGUUGACGACUACUACUUGAACCUGCUUGACUGGUCUUCUGGCAACCAAGUCGCCAUUGGCCUCGAGCGUUCCGUCUACGUCUGGUCCGCUGACUCCGGCUCCGUUUCGUCUCUCUUGGAGUGCCCGACCGAUACCUACAUUUCGUCUGUCAAGUGGUCUGGUGACGGCGCUUACGUUGGUGUUGGUCUUGGAUCUGGUGAAGUCCAAAUUUGGGAUGUUGAGGAGGGCACCAAGCUUCGAAGCAUGUUCGGCCACGAGACUCGCGUCGGUGUAAUGGGAUGGAACAAGCACAUCUUGUCAACCGGUGCUCGUUCCGGUCUCGUAUACAAUCACGAUGUGCGCAUUGCUCAGCACAAGGUCGCCGAACUCGUCUCCCACACGGGUGAAGUUUGCGGGCUCGAAUGGCGCGCCGACGGAGCCCAGCUUGCCACUGGCGCUAAUGACAAUCUGGUCUCGAUCUGGGACGCUCGUUCUCUUGUUGCUCCCAAGUUCACCAAGACCAAUCAUCGUGCUGCUGUCAAGGCCAUCUCAUGGUGCCCGUGGCAGUCUAACCUCCUCGCAACUGGCGGUGGUUCCAACGAUCGUCAAAUCAACUUCUGGAACACUACCACCGGAGCUCGCAUCAACAACAUCUCCACCGACUCUCAGGUUACCAGCCUGCGGUGGAGCACCCACUACAAGGAGAUCGUCAGCACUGGCGGCUUUCCUGACAACUCUCUCAGCAUCUGGAGCUACCCGUCCGGUGUGAAAACCAUGGAGGUUCCGGCCCACGAGUCUCGUGUUCUCCACAGCUGCCUCAGCCCUGACGGACAGAUGCUUGCCACCGCCGCUGCCGACGAGUCUCUCAAGUUCUGGAAGAUCUUUGAGAAGAAGCCCGGCCAGCCUUCCAUUGCCGCCGCUGGUGCUGCGUCUAUGAAGACCGCUAGCACUGUCAAGUCGGCGACGAUCCGCUAA